GGACGCCUGCGCGUUAGGCCGGCUUGUCCUCUAGGACUUACGCAGAAGGCUGCGCUUCACCCUCAGGUCAAAAUGGCGGCCAGGCCUGCUGUUGCAGCGUCAAGCAAGUGGCUGGAUGGUUUUCGAAAAUGGUAUUAUAAUGCUGCAGGAUUCAAUAAACUGGGGUUAAUGCGAGAUGAUACACUAUAUGAAACUGAAGAUGUAAAAGAAGCCAUAAGAAGGCUUCCUGAGGACCUUUAUAAUGACAGAGUGUUUCGCAUUAAGAGAGCCCUGGACCUGACUCUGAGGCAUCAGAUCUUGCAUAAGGAGCAGUGGACAAAAUAUGAGGAGGACAAAUUCUAUCUUGAACCCUACCUGAAAGAGGUUAUUUGAGAAAGGAAAAGAGAGAGAAGAAUGGACGAAGAAGUGAUCUUGGAGUUGAGAUCUGUGGCUGUGCCUGGUCUCAGCAUAUUUCUACAAAGCUAUCUACAACCUGAAUCAGAGUUUAAGCAUUAUUGGCUCUGCAGAUACUUCACUUUAAAUAAAGUCUAUUGUAAACGUCAGAA